UAGUUUUGUUUUGAAAAUCUCACAUAUUUCCUAUAUCGUGUCGUGUAAAAGUAUUUUUAAGUGAGCUGAAAUUGAAAUAAACGUAAAGUGGACGGUUGAAUCCACUUGAUAGAUCUCUAGAAGGUUUUAAAAAUUUGUAUUCGUAUCAAUGCUCUUGGCCAAACAGAAUAGUUUCACAAUGUUGGACAGUGAUUCCGAACUGCAGACUGACUCUCGUUCCAGCUCAAGCCAGGAGCUGAAAUCCUACUCAGAUGGCGACAUGUGUAAGACAGGAAAACAGAUGGUCGAAGUACCGUUCAAGCAUCCAUUGGAGAAUACCUGGACAUUGUGGUACCUAGAGAAUGAUCGCAACAAGAGCUGGGAGGAAAUGCAAAAUGAGAUCACAAGCUUUGAUAUGGUCGAAGAUUUCUGGAGUCUCUACAAUCACAUCAAACCUCCAUCCGAGCUAAAGAUUGGCAGUGAUUAUUCAUUGUUCAAAAAGGGCAUACAGCCCAUGUGGGAGGAUGAAAUCAACAAGUAUGGCGGCCGCUGGGUCAUCAGCGUAGGUCGCUGUAGUAAGCUGGAGCUAGACAAGCUUUGGCUAGACGUGUUGCUAAUACUGAUUGGUGAGGCUGUUCAACAUACUGAGGAAAUUUGUGGCGCUGUCAUUAACUUGCGCAGCAAAAGCAACAAAAUUUCGAUUUGGACCGUCAAUGGGCACAACGAACUGGCCGUCAUGGAGAUUGGGCACAAGCUGCGUAAACUGUUGGGUUUACCGCCUCACAAUCUGCAAUACCAAAUGCACAAGGAUUCGAUGAUCAAGCAGGGAUCGCUGGUGAAAGCGGUUUACUUAUUGUAAGCCCAACGGUAACAGUUUUUCUUUUCCUUUUUCUUGUUGUUAAUCAAGGCAGCAGUUGGUCCGCACCUCUCGUCCCCUCUAGCUCUUAGUCCUUGUCCGGCUGCUGCCAAAGCUCGUGUAUUCCAAAAAUGUAAAAAAAAUAAAAUUAAAAAUAGAGAACAUUUAA